AUGGCAGUCAUACCUCUCAACUUGUUUGCGCCAGAAAAACACGUGGAUGUCCAAAAAGCUUUUCAAGAAUUGGAGGCAGCAAAAUGCACGUCAACCGUAUUGGCAUCGGAAAGUUUCUGGACGGCCGGCCACAGGAAAGGUACCAGUGACGUUUUUAAUUGGAAAAUAUUCAGAGCUUCUAUGUUCUUGGAUGAAAUAUGCGUAUACAAAAAUGUGACUGAAGCAAAAAAUUGGGCUCCUGGCGAACCAAACAAUUUAGGCGAUGAAGGUUGUGUGGAGUUUUGUCGCUGGCGACAAAUUCAUGUUCAACGACCUUCUUUGUUCCUUGAACAACUGCCUUCUCUGCCAACUUUUGUGAAUAGCAAAGAAUUAUUUUUCAAAAUACAAUGA